AGUUAACGGGUUUGGUUUUGGGGUAAUAUGGUGAGAGACGUUCUCACUAUCUAAACUCUAAAGUCCCAAUUCUUCAAAAACCCUAAAAAACAGUCACUCUCACUGAAGAAGAAGAAGAAGAAGCCGCUGAAGAGAAUUUGAGUUCUCCGAAAAUGUCGAUGUCCAAGAGUUCGAAGAUGCUGCAGUACAUCAACUACCGCAUGCGCGUCACCAUCCAGGACGGCCGCCAGCUCGUCGGAAAAUUCAUGGCCUUCGACCGCCACAUGAACCUCGUCCUCGGCGACUGCGAGGAGUUCCGCAAGCUUCCUCCGGCCAAGGGCAAGAAGCCCGCCGACGCCGACCGCGAGGACCGACGCACCCUCGGCCUCGUCCUCCUCCGCGGCGAGGAGGUCAUCUCCAUGACCGUCGAGGGCCCCCCUCCGCCCGAGGAGUCCCGCUCCAAGGCCGUCAGCGCCGCCGCCCUUGCCGGCCCCGGCAUCGGCCGCGCCGCCGGCAGAGUUCCCGAAAUGAUGCAGUCUCAGAUCUCGUGCCUGCCGCAGCUCAACGCGCCGCCGGUGUCUUACCCCGGCGCUCCGCCGCCGGUGAUGCGCCCGCCGGGCCAGAUGCCGGGGUACCCCGGCCAGGGCCCGCCUCCCAUGGCGAGGGGACCUCCUCCGCCGAUGCCGCCCGGGCAAUACGCUCCCAGGCCCGGCGGUGCUCCGCCGCAGCCUUACCCUGUUCCGCCACAGUUUGGACAGCGUCCCAUGGGGCCUCCUCCUCCUGGUCAGAUGGUAAGGGGUCCUCCGGCGCCGCCUCGUCCCGGGAUGCCCGCUCCGCCACCGCCUCGCCCCGGCAUGCCACCACCACCUGGAGGUGGUGUUCCGGUGUAUGGUCCUCCUCGACCUGGCAUGCCCCCUCCGCCAAACCCUCCGAAUCAACAGCAACAGUAAUGGGAGAAGGGAUUGAUAGGUGUGGCUGCGAUCCUGCGGUGUAAGCACUCCUAAAACCUUAACAUUGUGGCCGAAAUCCACGGGGUUUCUUUUUGCUGGUAAUCUGAAGAUAUUGACGCUGGACAUCUUACGCGCGAUUUAAUAUCCAGCUUGUACUUACGAAGUGAUUGUUGCUUGUACAACCUUGAGUCAUUCUCUUGUUAUGAGGAUUUUUUUUCUUAUGUCUUGAUGAGAAUAUGUAAUGUUAGAACAGCUUUAUGAUUUGGUGGAAACUAUUCUACUAAGACCUGAGUAUUGGACAUACAAGUCGGCUGUGUAGAUUUUCAGGGGAAAAAAAAUGCCGGAUUGCAUAGACAGCGUACUGAUUUGAAUGUAGGAAAGGAUCCCUUACAUGAUUUGAGUUAUAUAACAUAAUUAUGACUUGGGUAAUGUUUCAUGACCAUUUUUUUAAUCUAUCUGUAGUUGUUUGGGCUCUUUUUUAAUAGUUUAACUUUCGUGGAGACACAAAUGUAUUUGGAAGAUUAAUCAGUAA